ACGGUAUGGAGACCGCCAGGGUCUCGCGAUCAGGGUCUGGCAAAACUACCUUGACAGGAAAGGUCAAUACUAAUGUCGGCGGCGACACCGAAGCUCGACAUCCGUCGAGGAAACGCAGGCAUUCAGCCAACGUGGCGGUAGAAUCUGGUGUCCACGACGUGGACAACGCCGUGACGUUUGGCGAGAUCGAAGCAGCGAUGGGAAACUUGGGGUGGUCGUGGAUACCUGUGGGGAUCGCGUACAUCUAUGUGGCCCCGCAUGCGUUUCGCCAGUGUACUGCCAAGACCUUUCGGACGUUCAAAGAAGGUGUAGACUACAUCUACACCCAAGAACGAUUCGAAGCGUAUGUGCGGGACGAUGCCGCGCUACUAGAAAAAGUCCGCUUGAACCUCCAAAACGCGAAGAAAUCGCCUGUGCCUAAGGCUUUUAUACAAGAAAAGGAACCCCCGUCCGAUCCUUGGACGUCGAUCCGCAAACCAAGCUCAACCGCGGCUUCCAUACAAUCAUCCUCGCCGCCGUCCGACUUGGCAUAUGAUGAUUCUGACGACGAACCACUGAGUAUCAAAGCCAGGGCGUUGCGACGUCGCCCUCGGUCACCGCCACCAACCACCGCAAUGAACGACACCCCCAUAACCGAUGAACAGUCUGCAGCGACCAUGUUGGCUGACGGCUCGCGGGCGCGAAUAGUGGAGAUUUUCCGACUCCUUGCCGAUGAUUGCGUCGACGAUGCAUGGGACGACGUCAAGUGGUUGCAUGCUGUGACUACCACACAAGUCGAUCCACCGCUGAACGAUGUCGCACACGGAACAAAACGCAAGGUCGAGGCUUCCAUAGCACGUCCAAACAACGUCCAGCGGCGAAACGACAUCUCGAGCAUCUCGACGUCCCCCAAACUGAUGCCACCCUCCGACGCCACGGCAGCUAUCCCCACGGACAUACCAUGUCCACAUGCGGGGGAGGCUCACAUGACCAGGCUGCUCGAGCGUUUAAGUGCUGAACCCCUGUGUGCGAUCAAGGGGGAUGUGGGGAGCCCUCUUUUGCAUCGGGAGUCCGCUUGGCAUCGACUCAAGCGGUUUGUGGACAUUGGGCUCCGCUCCGAAAAGACGCGGACGUUGGUACUGCAUGGCUGUGAUGGCAGUGGCAAGACGUCGUUGCUUCGACAGUUGAAAGCGUAUGCGAUUCAAAUGUACGACAAUCAAAUGGCCACCGUCCCUGACAGACCAGUGGAAGAUGGCGCCUCGGGGUUCCCAUCACCGCCACAACACUAUAAACGUAAGCUCCAUGUCGUCCAUGCUUCCACCACACCACGCAACCACAUGACGCCCGUCAAGAAGCCGACGACGACAUCCCUUAAUGGCGAUGGCCACACGGCCGAGUAUUUGUCCUCGGACGGAUUGUUCGUCGACGUGGUCGCCGCCUUUCAAGUCGAGUUUGGCGACGUCUGUCGCUACGACUCAUGGACGACCCCUGCCCGCGCAGUGUGGGACCAAGUAUUGGACUCGUAUCAUGUCGUACAGACAAACACAUCUCCCGUUUACAUCGGCCGCAUCAUCUUUCUGUUUGUGGACGGGUUGAACGUUUACUACCACGACCGUAACAUCCUCCGGGACCUCUUCAAAGCCGUCCAUGCCAAGCACAACAACGUCGUGCACAUGAUCGUGACGACUGCGGGACCCCCCGCGUCGUUGUUGACUGUGCUCAAGUCCCUUGACCUCCACCACCGCAAUACGGUGGUGGCCCUGCCAUCGCUCAACAGCGCCGCCCUCACCGAAAUCUUGAUGGACCGCCUUGGCCCUCCCGCAGUGGAUGGCGUGGCCAUUCGCGAGGACGCGGUCGCAUUCGUGGGUCGAUUGGUCGAGUUGGUCGGGGCUGGCAGUGUCAGCAUCGCCUUGGCCGUCUGCCGGCGCACACUACUGCAAAAGUAUGAUGCCUUGACGUCAACCUACUUGGCUCAAGGAAACAACCACAGCGUCAAGUGCGAUGUGCUUCAAGUGGGCGACAUGGUGACAUCUGCAAAGGAGCUGUUUGGAGGGGACGUCGUGACCGCUCGGUGGGUUCUCGCUGCGCUUCCGCGCGUGCCGCAGCUGAUUGUGUAUGCGGCGGUGGUUGAAUGCGGUGGCACACACGAAGGAGUGUACGAUGCAAGACACGUCCAUGCGAUGUAUAGCCGCCUAGUGGUAGACUACUCGUUGGAUGACCAUCUCGUGCGCAGCUCGUACGACUUGUUUCGACGAGAACUGGACUGGAUGGUCGCGAACGACCUUGCCUCAUGGAACGGCGAUGUAUUUACCCUAUUUAUCCCGCAAGACGAGGCCAUGUCUUUCUUUCACGGGAAUCUGUGGAAGAACGACGUGGGCCUCCAGUCAACGUCCAAGAAGCACAACACUGUGCGCGUGUGACUACAGUCUAGCUUAUGUACCGGUACUGAGGAAGGUCGUUAGUGACUCAGACCAACACGUGCUAUGAUGGCCUGCCUACCUUGUUUUCUCGAUGGUCG